AAGCCUUCAACUUCACAUGUCCCAUUUAUGUUUCUUUCCUUUAAGCGUUUUCAGCUGCAUCUAAAUUCAUGCUUUACUGUCUUUCUGCAGGUAGCUUACUAGACUUUCUUAAGGAAGGAGAAGGGAAAUAUUUAAAGCUUCCGCAGUUGGUGGACAUGGCUGCUCAGAUUGCAGAUGGUAUGGCCUACAUUGAAAGAAUGAACUACAUUCAUAGAGACCUUCGGGCAGCUAACAUUCUUGUGGGAGACAACCUGGUGUGCAAAAUUGCAGACUUUGGCCUAGCAAGGUUAAUAGAGGACAAUGAAUACACUGCCAGACAAGGGGCCAAAUUUCCAAUUAAAUGGACGGCACCUGAGGCUGCACUAUAUGGUCGGUUUACAAUUAAAUCUGACGUCUGGUCAUUUGGAAUUUUGUUGACAGAGCUUGUAACAAAGGGUCGUGUACCAUACCCAGGUAACAAAAGUCUAAUCAGUCAUACUGUAUGAGAAUAUAAUUGUUAUUGCUUACUGGGGGUAGGAAUCAACUGGCCUUCCAGAUGUUGGUCAACUGCAGUGUUUAGCACCUGUAACCAGCACAGCCAGUGAAUGCUGGUAACUGCAGUUCAACAACCAUCAAAAUGCUGCUGUGUCAUUUUGUAUUCUGCUGAUUGUUGUGCAUUUUUCUCUGUAUAAAUCAGUACAGUGCAAGGCCUAUUUUUAAAAUAAUUCCUUUCAAUAUAGGCUAAACUAGGUAUUGUUCGUAUAUGAAUAAGUGUUAUACACUGAACUAAAACUA